GGGUAGCCUGGCAGCCCUUCCCCUUGGAGCUGGAGCGCGAAAGAGGGAGAAACAUUGAUCGGCCACCUCCUCUAUGUGCCUGAAGAUUGAACUCAAAGCCUAGAAACCUGUUUGGAGGUUAUGGAUGAUAAGCCCAACCCUGGAACUGUAAGUGGGAGUUCAGAACUUCUCUUCUCCUUUGGAGUUAUAGCAGAUAUUCAAUAUGCGAAUUUAGAAGAUGGCUAUAAUUACCAAGGAAACAGACGGAGAUACUACAGACAUAGUCUUCUGCACUUACAGGGCGCUAUUGAACACUGGAAUAAAGAGAGCAGUCCACCCUGUUGUGUACUUCAGCUUGGAGAUAUCAUUGACGGCUAUAAUGCACAGUAUAAAGCAUCAGAAAAGUCACUAGAGCUUGUUAUGAACGUGUUUCAAAUGCUUAAAGUCCCAGUUCAUCAUACAUGGGGAAAUCAUGAAUUCUAUAACUUCAGCAGAGACUAUUUAACAAACUCUAAACUGAACACAAAGUUUCUAGAAGACCAGAUUGAACAUCAUCCUGAGACUGUGCCUACAGGGAGUUAUUAUGCUUAUCAUUUUGUGCCAUUUCCUAAAUUCCGGUUCAUUUUACUUGAUUCUUAUGACUUGAGUGUCUUGGGCGUGGAUCAGUCUUCUCCAAAAUACCAGCUGUGUCUGAAGAUGCUGAAGGAGCACAAUCCAAAUAUGGAAUUGAAUAGUCCUCAAGGACUUUCUGAGCCUCAGUAUGUCCAGUUUAAUGGAGGAUUCAGCCAAGAACAGCUGAACUGGUUGAAUGAAGUCCUUACAUUCUCUGACACAAACCAAGAAAAGGUGGUGAUCGUGAGUCAUCUUCCCAUUUACCCAAAGGCCUCUGACACUGUGUGCCUGGCCUGGAAUUACAGAGACGCCCUGGCAGUCAUCUGGUCUCAUGAGUGUGUGGUGUGUUUCUUCGCUGGUCACACUCACGAUGGUGGCUACUCUGAGGAUCCUUUUGGUGUGCACCACAUCAAUGUGGAAGGGGUUAUUGAAACAGCCCCAGACAGCCAGGCGUUUGGCACGGUUUAUGUCUAUCCGGACAAAAUGAUGUUGAAAGGGAGAGGUCGAGUUACAGACAGAAUUAUGAAUUACAGGAAGGAAAAACCUUUUCCAUUUUUAGUCUGAUUUAUUUUAUCUUUGAUGACUUAGCUUUGUGUUUUUGCUCCCCUAUCCCACCCCUAAGUCCUCAGUCUCAUUGUUUAAGAUUCUGUUGGCAUAACAAGAUAUAGUUAUGGCGUCAGGGUGUGUUGGCUCAUAGACAUUCUGAAGUGUCAAUUCUGGGUCGAAUAUCAAGUGCUAAAAAUUGAAAAUGAAUGGA